GUCCUGAGAAGCCAUGCAGACCUGGCUGGGUGUCCUGUUUGCGGGCUCUGCCUUCAUAGUGUGCGUCCUACAUGCCGGAGAUACGGAGGAGCUGCGGUUCCCGCCUAGCAGGAUAGCUGUUAUAGGAGCUGGAAUUGGGGGUUCAUCUGCUGCCUAUUUCCUGAGGCACAAAUAUGGCAAACAUAUCCAGAUUGAUGUGUUUGAGAAAGGAGAAGUUGGGGGACGUCUGGCUACAGUGGACAUGGAAGGUGCUCAGUAUGAGGCCGGGGGAGCUGUCAUACACCCACUUAAUCUUCACAUGAAAACAUUUGUUAAAGAACUUGGUCUUCACGUUCGAUCUCCGACUAGUAGCAUUGUUGGAAUUUAUAAUGGAGAUGAUUUUGUUUUCCAAGAGAGCAACUGGUUCCUGAUCAAUAUUAUCAAAAUGCUGUGGUAUUAUGGAUUGAAUUUCAUACGAAUGUACAUGUGGGUGGAGGAUAUGCUCGAUAAAUUCAUGAGGAUUUACAGAUAUCAGACCUUUGAGUACUCAUUUUCCAGCACUGAGUCCUUACUUCAUGCCUUGGGGGGCAAUGACUUCAUUACAAAAUUAAACAUGACUAUUGAUGAGAACAUGCAAAAAGCUGGCUUCUCUCAAAAAUUUAUUGAUGAAAUAGUCGGUCCGGCAAUGAGAGUAAACUAUGGUCAAGGAGUCAAGAUCAAUGGCUUUGUUGGGUCCGUCUCUCUGGCUGGUACUGAUUCUGGUCUCUGGGCAAUCGAAGGUGGAAACAAGCUUGUAUGUUCUGGUCUUAUUUAUGCCUCAAAGGCCCAACUAAUUAAGGGCAUAGUUACCUCAGUGGAAGAGAAAAUCCGUCCCAUGAAAUCUGGAGGUACAGUGAAACUAUAUGAAUUAAGCUAUGAGACCAGCGCUGGUUCACAGCUGGGCCUUUAUGACAUUGUAAUUAUUGCAACGCCACUGAAUAGGGGUUUGUCUGAAAUUACAUUUCUGGGUUUCGAUCCUCCGAUAGAGACCUUCUCUAAGCACUACCAGCAGACUGUGGCAACCUUUGUUCAUGGACGGAUAAAUACUUCUUUUUUUGGGUGUGCAAAGCCUUGUGAACUUUCUGAAGUAUUAACAACCAGCAACCCGAAACUGUUUUUCAGCAGCAUUGGUGCUGUGGCUCCAGUCAAAGAAACAGAAUCCCCUUAUCCUGGUGGUCUUAAAAUCUGGAAGGUCUUCUCUCCUCAGCCACUAACAAAAGAUCAGCUGAAUCUUCUCUUUGAAUCUCACCAUGCAGUGAAGGUGAAGACAUGGCUGGCUUAUCCUCACUACGACCCUCCAGAAAAAAUGCCACCCAUUAUUCUUCAUGAUAGAAUCUACUACCUCAAUAGCAUAGAAUGGGCAGCCAGUGCCAUGGAGAUGAGUGCAAUCUCUGCCAAGAAUAUUGCACUUCUCUCCCAUCAUAGAUGGUAUGGUAAGAAUGAACAGAUCGACCAAGAAGACCUAACUGAACGCCUCAAGUCUGAAUUGUGAUUGACAGAAGAUAAUUGUGAUCUAUGUGAGAGAAUACCAUGGACUUUUUUUUUUGCUGCACUAAUAUUCCCAACUUGACUUACUUGAGUAUUUGCUUCUCUGGGGACAACUUUUGGUAAUCUCCAUUUAGUAUGCUUUAACAUGAUAAUGUUAAAUUGGCAGAUCAAUUUUCUUUCUAAAACUUCUGUAACUCCAAUUCAACUUUCGUUAGACAUACAUCCCUUUUUUAAAGUUUUUUUUUUUUCCCAGCAAAACACUGGUUCACCAGGCAGUGCCUUAUUUUAUUUGUGGAGAGCGUUGUAGUGUAUGUCUGUAUUUUAGUACUUUCCAUCAGUCUCUGCUUCACUACUACAAAGAAAGGGGAAGAUUCUGGGAUCAAUAUUGCUAGGCAUGCUUGUAUACAUACCUCUUGCAGAGUAAUAGGCUUUGUCUGUUAUUUUGUAUUCUUGGUUGUCACAUUAAGUUUGUUACUGAACAUGAUGGUGCUUGCGAAUUUGUGCAAAUUUAGAGGUUUCUUUUUAAAUUGUGAUAAUUCAACAGUUGAGUUGCGCAGUUUAGUUCAACCUAGCCAUGUUGGAAAAUCACCACUCGCCCAUAAUGGGUAACAACGAGUCUUUUAAUUUGGAGGGAGAUUCAAUAAAGCUACAGUAUCACUCUGGGUAUCUUAUUACACUUACUGCUGAAAUGUCUCCUAUAAUAAGUGUAUGGGAUACUGGAUAAACAAAACCCCUUUUAUUGUUAUAAUGGCUCCUAAUGUUGUUUUAGCAGCAUUUAUCAAUGUUUGAAGGACUCUUUCCAUAUUGCUUUUGUUAUUGUAGUAACCCUGUUCAUUUUGAAAUUAAGGGUAUAUCCACUAAGGACUUACCUUUAUUUUCUGGCAAAAUCCCAAAUGUGGUAUGUCCUGCUGAAUUACAUGUAAUCCACUGAAAAAAAUGAACUUGAAUAAAAUUUAUGAUGAUUUGACUAAAAAAA